AUGGCAAAACACGCAAUAGCGAAUGGAUUCAACAGAAAAGCAAAACGAUUCAACAACAAAAGCUAUGUACUGAUUUAUCGUAACGAAGAUUGCAAGUGGGUCACGAAGGCAUCUUGUAUGAAUGAAUCGGAAUUGUUUUUGAUUAAAAUAUUUGUUUUGGAGCAUAGUUGCAGUCUUAGGUACCGAGUGCUGAAUAAUGUGGUUGCGACAAGUAAUUUUGUGAGUGAAUUUACUGCUAUAAAAUUAAUCAAUCACAAAAGAAUACACACCCCCGCAGACAUUAUCGAAGAGAUGAAUGUUGUUUACAAAGUCGACAUUAACUACAUGAAAGCAUGGCGUGCAAAAGAGAAGGCUAUUGCAAUGCUUAGAGGUGGACCAGCAGAUGGAUAUAGAAAAAUUCCCCGUUAUAUCUAUAUGUUGAACCAAGGUUUUAAAUUUUGUAGACCUGCUGUAGUUAUUGACGGGGCACAUUUAAGCAGUCCAAAUGAAGGAACAUUUGUGUCGGUAAGCACAUUAGAUGGUGCAGGUUGUAUUCUGCCAUUAGCAUACGGUGUUGUUGAUUCGGAGAAUGACAACACAUGGAUUUGGUUUUUUCAACAGUUUAGAGAGGCAUUUGGUGAAAGAAACAACACGUGUGUUGUUUCAAAUAGAAAUGAAAGUAUCAUAAAAGGUGUAACCAUUGUUUAUCCUAAUGUCCCUCAUCUAGCUUGUAUAUGGCAUUUAUGA